CUCUUACAGAAAUAGAUAGUAGAAAGCUUCAAUUCAUGUCAAACUAGAUUAUCAAAAAUUAAAAUCGAUAGUAAACAAACAAAUUUGUUAAGAAAAGUUUGAAAGCGAUGUAAAGGAAAUGUAGUUUGUUAGAAACAUUCAUUACUAACCAGAUAUUUUGCUACUAUUAUCAAGCACUCAAUAAAUAUUCCUAAACUGUUUCUUUAUUUACUGUUGCUGAAAGCUUUCUUUGAUAUAAUGCAAUCUUAGUGAAAAAAGUAAAAUAAUUUAUGCACUUUUUAUGAGAACAGGUUGUUAAAAUCCCGUUGUUUAAAAUGUCUGUUGACCGAGGCUUUACUUGGAUGGAAGAUGAGACAAUUAUAUUAAUUGGUAUAUUUUCGAGAUCUGACAUACAAGAAGAAUUGCGUGGUGCAAAAAGAAAUAUCACUGUUUAUGAAAAGAUUGCUGGUGAAUUGUCUUCAAUCGGCUUUAGUCGAACUGCUUACCAAUGUCGAGAAAAAAUUAAACGAUUGCGAAAGGAAUACCAACACAUUAAAUACUGCAUGCAAAAUAAUUUAACACCAAAAAAACCAAUGAAGCAUUAUGAUCUUGUUGAUAGUAUAUUUAACAGUAAUAAUUCAUCCGAGCAGGUAAAUGCCGCUGAACAAAAUUUUCAUACAUCUGAAAAUGAAGAGGAUUUGCAAUCUUCUAUAUCACAUGAUAAAGAAUCUGAUGCAUCAAACAGUUUCCCUAGCAAUGAACAAAUUUAUCCUCAAAGUAUUUUGCCAAUUUCCUCACCCUUACCAGAACUUGAUUGUGACAAUUCAGAAAUGCUAUUGGAAGUUAAACUCACGAAUUCAGCAUUAAUGACACAAACUGAUAGUGAUAAUACUUUAUUUUUAAAUGGGGAACAAAGCUAUGACUUGUCUGAUAAAGAUUCUGCAUUAGAAGAAAUUGAUUCUCCAUGGGUGCCAAAUGUUGUUUUGGUAGAAAAUGAUUCCAUGAAAGGUGAUGAAGAACAUACAUCCGAUAAUGUGACUAACACGGAAGAAGAACUUCAAGAUUUCAACACUUUAGAAGAAAAAUCUACCAUCUCAGAUUCUAAAGAACCUCCACGUAAGAAAAAAAAGUGCAAUGUAUUGAAAGCUGUUUUGGAAAAUGUUGCUGACAGUUUUUUAAAAUUUCAAGAAAAUGCUGAAUCUCGUUUUUUGGAAAGAAUCACUCAGUUAGAACGUGAAAGAAUGAAACGUGAUGAAAACAUGCAAAAACUUUGGUUGGAAUUUGAGGAACGUCGGAGAAAAGAAGAACAACAGCAUGAAUUGAAAAUGUUAUCAAUUUUAGGUCAAUUCAUUAACCAAAUGACUCAAAAUAAUGUAGAUCACGAAUCUCUUUAACCUGUACAUAAAUAUUCUGCGAAAUAUGAUACAAUUUGUAAAUAGAUUUUGUCCUUUUUGAAAUGACUAAAAUAUUACCCAGCUUUUUUUUGUUGUUAAUUAUUAUAGUAUUUUCAUCUUAUAUAUCAUUGAUAUCUAAAUGGCAUUCUUUCUAAAUUAUUACUUGCUUUAAGUACUUUAUGAUAAUAUUUAAUAUUUUUGUUAAUUUUUUUUUUACAUAUGUGAUAUUGUGCAGUAUCCCUAUAAAAACCUAAUGUGGCAAAAUACUUACUUUACAAUUAUUCUUGAAAAUCAGUAUUUCUUUACUAUGCUUAAUGAUAUUGAAUAAUAACAGUAGUAAUUACUGUUAUUACUGAUAUUAUUGGGAAAAGCUAUUAAUGAUAGUAACUUGUGUUUUCUUAAUUUUUGCACAAAAGUUUAAAUUUAUAUUUCUUGUAAAUAUAAUAGAUGUAGUGUUGUAAAUGAAGUUUGUAUAUUGAUUUCCAUUUUAAUAUUUGUAUGAGCAUUAAAUGUAAAUGCUUUUAUUUUCUAAAGAGAAAUAAGAAAAAAAAACUCAUCUAAAGCUGUGGCUAAAAUGUUAUUAUAAAUAAAAGAUAACAUUUUAACAUUAAAAAACCUUAAAAAUAUGCUCUAAUAAAUACAUUGAAAUUUGUAUUGAUCUCAUUCCAUUAGUGUCUCUUAUAUCUGUUUUACACUGUCAUUCUGUAAUUUUUGUGUCUUCUUCCAAAUAUAUACAUAUCUUAAUAGAUUUAUUAAGUGUUGAAGUUUUUUGAGAAAGUAUUUUUUACAUUAAGCAAACCCAUUUUUAUAAGUAUAAACAUGUUAUACUCUUUUCUACCAUGUUAUAAUUUUCUAAUAAUAUGUUUGAAAUAUCCUGUAUGUAAUCUAAAUUAUAAUUAGUGAAGAAAUUAAAAAGAAUAAUUAGACAUUUUGCAUAGUUAAUAGAAGAUUUGCUAACGUAAACAACGUUUUGGAAGUUGAUCUGCUAAGAAUGCUUCAUUAAUAUACACAACAGGUUCCUUAAUCUUCUAAAAGUUAAAAAGCACACCAAUCAUGUAUUAUAAUUUUAUUUAAAAUUGGUGAAAACUGACACUGCGCUGUUUUUUGUAUUUUAAUGUAUAAUUUUCCCAAGAAUUUAUUUCUCAAUUUUUAAAAUUCUGUAAAUGUUUAUUUGAUUUUUUACCUGCCGGCAGAAAUAAAUGCCGUUUGGGUUGAACAAUAUCAGUAUAUUUUGGAAGAAUCACUUUAAAAUCUAAUUUUUUAAAUUAUUAUAAUCACUUUUUAUGAAUAUUAUUAAUUUUAACUAUUAUCAUUUCAUUGAAAUUUUAAAUGUUUAUUUGUAAUUAUUUAAUAAUACAGAUUAUUAAAAAAUACAAUUUAUUUAAAAAGACUAUCUUGAAAUUAAUAUUAUUUGUGAACAAAAAAAAAAAUGCAAAAAGGAUGUGUAGUGAUGCUCUACUGCAGAAAUUAACUGCUGCUUUUGGUCACAGACGACUUAAUAUAAAAAAUGAAAAUUGAAAAAUAGUGUGCCAAUUGCUUCCUGAUUGCCACUUUUUAUGUUAAAAAAAUGCACUCCUUGUGCAUUUUAUAAUUUUUUUAAUAAUAUGGAAUUAUGAUUAUUAUUUUAUAAUAUUCUGAGAAUUACUUUAUUUCUUGCUUCUUUAUUAAAAUUUUUCUUCAUUCUAGAAGUGAAAUGAAUCUUGUAAUGUUUAUCAUUUUGAGAAAAGCUUCAAAAGAAAUAGCUUACAUUAUUAGUAGCAACAAUUUAUUUUUAAUCAUUAAAAGUUUUCGAUUUUUUAAAAAAGGAAAACUAUUAUUGUUAAAAAUGCAACUAUUGGCCAGUAGCAGAAUUUACGGAGUGAAUCUAAAGCAUUAUCUUCAUAAAUCCAAAUUCAGCUGUUACCUCACUGUAGUCAGACAGAGAUUAUUAUUUUAAAAAUUCAACUGAAUCCAACAUACAUGAAGCAAAAUUUGCAAAUAUAAAUUCCUCAAAAAUAAUACAUGAAACCCAAUGUUAUUUACAGUUAAAUUGAAUUAUUCAAUUAUACUAAAAAAGGAAAUAAAUCCUUAUAUGGUUAAAAAAAUUACAGGAAAAACUAUUUGUAGAUACUGUUAUAAUCUGCAGCGACCGCUGCCAUGCUCUAGGGUUUCUGCUACCAGGUCUAUAUAAUAAUCCACUGCACAAUUCGAAGUCUAAGUAUCUCAUAGUCAGACAUUAACGCUACCAUUUUACCACUAUUUUUUUUAAUAAAGUGAAGAUUAAACUAAUAAUUUUUUUUUCAAAUGCAUUAUUUUUCUUGGAAUUGGCUUGUUAAUGCUUUUUAUUAUUUUAAGUCUAUAAGGAACUGCUAUCCUUGACUACUAGGAGGUUAACAAUCAACUAGGGGGUUUGGGAAUUCUGAAGGGUGCCUGGGUAGUUGUGAUUGUGAGGGGAUGAGCUGCUUGACAUUAAUGUAUAGGAACUCAUUAAAAGUCAAAAGGAAGGAUUGUUUACGAUUUUCAAGGUUUAUUUAGAAACAUGUCCCCUGUGGUCUUAGAAAAAUACAAAAUCUUCUUAUUUGUCACAGAUUUGUGGUUGAAUUUUUCUUACAGCAUGUUUUUAUUUUUACUUCCCUAUUUUUCAUUAUUAAAUUAAAUAAUAGACACUAAGCUGAUGUCAUAGUAUUUCGUCAAAGAAGUUGUACUAGCUUCCAUGAAACAUUGCAAUAUAAAUGUUAAAAAUGUCCUGAAUUUCCAUUUUCUUUUCUUAUUAAAAAUGAUGUGAAUUUAUUUUUGAAAUUCUUUGAAUUAAUUUUCCAUUAAGACAAAUAAUUUUUUGUGGUUAUUGUUUACUGCCAAGCGUUUACUUUCUCCCAAAUUACAAAAAAAUAUACUGCUAAAACCGCUAUGCCUAUGAGUCAUAGUAUUUGGUCAAAGAAGUUGUACUAGCUUCCAUGAAACAUUGCAAUAUAAAUUUUAAAAACGUCCUGAAUUUACAUUUUCUUUUCUUAUUGAAAAUGAUGUGAAUUUAUUUUUGAAAUUCUUUAAAUUAAUUUUCCAUUAAGACAAAUAACUUUUUGUGGUUAUUAUUGACUGCCAAGCGUUUACUUUAUCCCAAAUUACAAAAAAAUAUACUGCUAAAACCGCUGUUGUGUAGAGCUUUGAAUUAAUCAGUACACUGCUAUUUGUAUGAUAAUGUGCUUAUCAUUAAUUCAUAUAAAUCUAGAUCCUUGAACAAAAAUGUUAAUAUUUUGAUUAUUUAAUGAAUUUUGUAAAUUUUGUUUUAGAUAAUGGUAUAGUUUUGAAGCAUUUUUUCAUUUUCCAUUUUGUUCUCCAUUAUUCUAUUAGUUAUUUUUCAGUAUUUAUUUUUUUCACUGUUUGCUUAUUAUUGGUGAUUGUUGGAAAAAUUAUUUUAAAUUGAUUGAAAUUGAUUUGAAUAUAUUAAGCUUAAAUUUGGAUAUGAGUUUUAAACAAAGAUUUACUUAAGAUUUAAUUAAAAUUUUGAAAAAUAAGAUAAGUUUUUACAAAAGUUCCAAUUAUAAGUUUAUCAAUUAAAAGAACUGAUUUUAAUUCAAUCUAAUACAAAAUUAACAUUACAUAAUGCAUACUUUAAAAUGCCUUAUUUAUAUUAUUUUAAAUGCUGUAGAAACUUUAUACAAAGGUGGAGCAGAAGUUUUUUUGUUUUAUUGUAUUAGUUUUCUAUUAAUUUUAUCGAUUAAUUAUAAUAUUAAUUUCGUUUUUUUUGUACUAUUUUCAGUUUUAAAUUUUGGCACAACAUAUCAUAUUUACAAAGUUGAAAAGUUCUAUGGUUUUUAGACUUAAAAUGCUAAAGGUAAUAAACUAUAAAAUUAUUGUUUACAAAAGAUUCCUUUUGGGUAAAUGAAGUUUGUAAAUUUUAUCAUCUACAUACAAUUAGUUUGAUAAUGCUGUUAUCUAAUAUGAGUGAUUCAAUAGUUAUAAUCAAACAAUAUCUUAGAUCUUCCUGAACGAAAUGGACUGUCCGAUUUUACCUAUCAUAUUUUUAAGUAAUUGUUAUAAAAAUAAAUUUUUAAUUCAGUAUUCAUUCCCUUUUAAGAACCAAGUUAUAUAAUUUAACUCUAAGUCAGAGCUUUUUAACCAUUAUUUACUGCAAGUACAGUUUCCAAAAGUAGCUUAAAAAUAGAUUUGUUGUUUUGUUUAUUGAAGUAGAGUGUAUAUUGAAGUAUAUUAUAUCUAUUGUCAUAACACGAUCAAGACUAAGUUAUUAAAUGGCAUGAUUGUUGGUAGGAUUUUAAUUAAAUUGAAUAAUCUAAAAUUUAGUACUAUAUAAUGCAUAAAUUUGAGACCUAGACCAGGUAACAGUCAAAAACAUCUAGGUAAAUAAUUUAUUUUAAAGUCAUUAUACAUAGUAAUGUCUGGAUUUUCUGAGUAGUUUAAUUUUAAUUACUAGUCACUCUUUUGAUUACCUAAAUCACUUUACUGGAUAUUUUAGUUGACUUAUUUUAAACUUAACUAUUUUGAAUAUAUAUUUAUAUUAUAUUUUGUACAAAGUAAAUUUUUAAAUGAGACAUUUGAAACACUAAGUUAGCAAAAAAGAAAAAAUUCUGCUGGUGCUUAUUAUGCUCUACUUAUUUUGGAUUUCUUUAUUUAAAUUUUAAUUAAAGGGCCAACCACAAAUAAUGUCACACUUGGAAAGGUAGAUUGUGACAUUGAUAAUAGGAAGAGUGACAUCACAUAGUUCGAUUAAUAUAAAAAUAUUUUAAAUCAGCGAACUUGAUAUUUUUAUAUUAUUUGUUUUCAAUUCUUGUUUAUUUGUUGUAUUGUUAUAUGUUGCAUUAUUUGUUUUUCAUUCUUCACAUUUUUUCUUCAUGUUUUUUAUUAAAAUAAGUACACGUAUGAUUUAUUAUUACGUAUGUUAUUGCUAUGCUCGUAAUUUUCAUUAAAAUACUCUGUUUAAAUUUAAAAAUAAAGCUUGAAAUAAGAUCUAUAG